CUUUUGUGACUCGCGUCCGCGUUAGCUAACAUGAUAACAUCGCAAAAUAACGCCAAAAAAACAUCUUUCAAAAAAAUUUUUUAAAAGAAAAAACACAAAGAUCUUGAAAAGACUGUCUUAAUCUGUCGAAAAUCUGGUGAUGGAGCAGAUUCAGCGAUAUCUGAUGCYAACAGAACUAAACAAAAAACUCCAAUUACGAGCUGCUAAUGACUCGGGGGAAAACAGUUGAGGAUUACGUGUUCCAAUGUUAAACAAACAAUUUACAUCAGAGCGCAUCAUAUAUAAGUGGGCGAGUUGAAUCAUUUCCUUCGUGGGAAAUUUGAUCAUGGCUUCAUCAUCCACAAAUACAAAUGCAGAUUGUCAUACUGAAAAACCCGCAUUCAUGAUGGUGAGCACGUGCGGUCACCGCUUUUGCGAGCCAUGCUCGCAAAAAGUUUUCGACAGGGACACCUGUCCACUUUGCCAUGCCCAGAUUGAUGCUGUGGUUCUUGGCUUCGUGGACAGGUGUCCAUUUAAUGAAGCCGUCCUGGCUGCGUGCCGGGACGUGUUUUCGCAGCCGGCUCAGAAGAGCAAAAAGGUAUGUGAAUAUAUUCAAAUGAUUUUUCUUGGUUUAUGGAUUACAUCUCAAUUUUUCUCGUUUUUCUUUCGUUACAGUAAAUAUCCAAGUACUUGGCACGUCAACAGAAAUCAGCCAUUCUUACGAGUUGAGGACAACCUCCAAAUACAGAAAAAAUAUCACGAGAACUGAUAGACGUGUCUGUUAAGUAUCUGUAAUGUAGUUGUUAAUGUUAGUUGUUAAAUAUUGUCAUAUCAGUUGCGCUCAUCCUGUAAUUCAGUUUUUUUCGCUUGUAUUGCACUGCGAAAGGAUUGUAAUAAACAUAUAUUAUAUCAAAAAUGACAUGUAAAAAUAAAACGCUUUAAAAUCAAA